AUGGGUUUGUGCUAGUCAAAUAGGAAUUCAAGGAAAUCUUUUGCUGCCAAGAAGUUACACACUUAAAGCGACACAAAUAUUCAAAGUAAAUCAAAAGGAAAAGAAACCCCAAUAAGACCUAAAACAUAGCCUACUUUGAACACAAUUGUAAAAGACCAUUUCUCGACCAUAAAAACUCCAAUUGCAAUCGGAACUAGCAAAAGGAUGUUUAAGGAAGCUUUAGCCAAAACUUAUUCCGUUCUCAAUUAGGACUUUGGUUAUCCAAAUAAUGACAAUAUAGGUUUAAUACAACAUAAUGUCACCGGAUAGGUUAGAACUGCUAAGACCAUUCUAAAAGAAGACGAAUCAAUUAAUGACAUGGAUUAAUACAUUAAUAAUAUUCGAGAAAAUAACUUAGUAAUUCUAUUUAUAUUACAAAAGUCUUCCCCACAUUUUAAUAACGCAAUCGAGCUGUUUCAAGAUUUUAAAUGCUACUAUGUGAUUCAAUAAUACUGUAGUGGCGGUAAGCUUAACAAUUUAUGCGGUAAAAUUGAAGAGGACAAUGCCAUUUACAUUAUAUCUUAAAUUUUAGAUACUCUCAAAGAGAUUCAUAAUUUAAAUAAUUAUCAUGGAAAUUUAAGCAUUCAAAGCUUUGCUCUCUAAGAUUAAUCAAAUAAUCAUUAUGUCAAAUUGAUUGAUAUAUAUCCUGUAUUUUAAGUAAAGGAUAAAUAGGAUGUUUAGAGGAAUCAACUAAACGACAUGAAGGCAGUUGGACUUAUUUUAUUUCAAUUGCUUACGAAUAAACAAAUAACUAAAUAAACAACUGAAAUGAUUUUAAAGAAACCAAAAGAUUUAUCAUAUAGAAAUUCCUUUUGGUUUCUUUUAGUAAUUUAAUUUCUGGAAUUAAAAAAUCUCUCAAUUUAUGAUAAUUUGCAGUAAAAUUCAAAUUACUAAAAAAUUAUAAAGAAAUAUUAAUCUCAAUAUGCUGAAUCGAUAUUUUCAAAGAUAUAGGUCAAAAAGGCCUCGUAUCUUUAAUAAUAAAUAAUAUUAGUCAUGAAUAAGAUGUUUUUUUAGGAGAGAUAAAAUCAAAUCUAAAGGGUAUUUUUGAAGAAUGAUACCAAUCAUAAUGGAACCUUACAAAAGGAGGAAUUGAAAAAUGCCUUAGGAUAUGAAGAAGACAUAGAUGAAAUAUUUGAUUAAAUUGACAUUGAUGGAAAUGGAAAAAUAGAUAUGAAUGAAUUCAUUUUUACUUCUUGUGAUAGAGCAGCUUUGUUAAAUGAAUUCAAUUUGAAUAUUGCAUUUUACGAAUUGUAAAGGAAAGGAUUUGUUGUUACCUCUUAAUUUUCUAAAUAUAUAAGUUGUGAUGAAGAUAAAAUUGAAAAUGAAAUUGCAAGCAAAUUUAAUUAAAAAAAAUUAAAUAAGCAAGAUUUCAUUAAACUGAUGAUGGAGCUUCUCUGA